AUGGCCCAGAAGACGGCUGCCAAAGCUAAGCCGGAAGAACUGUUCAGCCAGAUUUUGGAUAUGAAGCUCCAGGCGAAGCUGGAGGAGCUCUCGUUUAUCGAAGCGGCUCAGAACAUGGACGUUUCUGACGAGCCAGCGGCGCCCAAGUUCUCGGAAGAUAGGGACACUGCUGCCGCGGCAAACAACGGCGCCGCCAGGGUGCCCUGGGGUCCAAGUCACGCCCGGCGACCAAGGCUACCACGCAUCCUACAUAACCCGCACACUGUCAUCGUGGGCGGCAAGAGCGGCAGCCACAAGGGGCAAUGA